AUGAUACCCUGCACCUUAGGGGAUGCCUGCACAAAGAUAGCCCUAUGUGAUCUUGGAGCAAGUAUUAACUUAAUACCUGCAUUAUUAAUAAAGAGACUCUAUUUAACUCACGAAGUUAAACCAACCCGCAUAUGUCUUUCACUAGCUGAUGGUUCUGUUAAACUUCCAUCAGGCGUGAUUGAGGACAUGAUUGUUAGGGUUGGACCCUUUGAUUUCCCCACAGCCUUUGUCAUGCUGAAAAUGGAUGAGCACAAGAGUGCAACCCUCAUUCUAGGAAAGCCCUUUCUAGCUCCAGGACAGACCCUCAUUGACAUUCAGAAAGGAGAAGUAACCCUAAGAGUCAAUGAGGAUGAGUUUAUGCUAAAUAUUGUCAAAGCCAUGCAACAUCCAGACACUCCAGAGGAGUGCAUGAGUAUUGAUAUCAUUGAUUCCCUGGUGGAAGAAGUGAAUAUGGCUGAAGGACUCGAAGAAGAGUUGAACGACAUCUUUUAUGAUGCUCAGCCUGAGUUAGAGGAGCCAGAGGAAAUAAGGGAACCUCUGAAAACUACUAAGGAGGAGAACAAGCCUCCUAAACUCGAGCUCAAGCCAUUACCAUCCUCCUUGAAAUAUGCAUUUCUUGGAGAUGGAGAUACUUAUCAUGUGAUUAUAAGCUCUGCCUUAUAG